CCUUUGAUCUCGAUUACUUCUUUAAUUUGAAACAAAUACUUAAAAAUGAAAUUAUCAAUGCCAAGAUAUACGUUCUGUUUAAUCAGCCAAUUAACAUUCAUGUUUUGUGAUCUCAUAUUUAAUUGCGUUAGUUUGUUCCCAAGAAGUCGCGAUGGUUUAUUAGUUUUAUUUAUAUUUCAGGAUUUGUUCCUGAUUCUAUCCAUCACUACAAUGUUGAUGACAUUUUUUUCAACAUAUUUGUUUCAAGCAGGUCUAGUAGAGGUGCUAGUCCGCAAGUUCCGUGCGGCGGGCGCCGUGGUGAUAGCAUAUGUGGUUGCCAGUGUGGUGCUGCACGCCGCGUGGCUGCUGGAGAAGUGGGCUGACCCUGAGUCUGUGUCCACUCCCAUGCUCAUUGUGCUGUUCACUCUGCAACGAUGCUUGUCGCCGUGGUACUACUUCUUCUACAAGCGCGCCGCGCUGCGCGUCAGCGACCCGCGCUUCUACGAGGACAUCGACUGGAUCAACCAGCAGCUCGCGGCGCAUUAACGCUGAACCACUUUCACAAUUCCUACUGGAUCCACAUUUUAAACAACUUGUGAUACAUAAAGUAUAAAUGAAUGAAUGUAAUUAGAAUUAAAUCAGAGUAAACUAGGCUUAUAUUUUGUGCUCUCUUGCGAGACAAUUAAUUUUUAAAAUUCCUAGGUUCUUGCAAUUUUUUCAUAAUAGUGUAAUCAGAAAAGGACAGACAGACCUUUUGCAGUGAAGGCGUCCUGAAAUAUUAAAUUAAAUGAUGCAUUACUUGCAUUCACCAUACCAAAGUAAAUUAUGAGUAUUAUGUAUGUGUAUCUCUAGUCUGUUAUAGUCAUAAUUUAAUAUUAUGUAGGAAUAAUAAUUUUUGUGUAUUUUGUUUGAAAUACGAAAAUAUGGAAAGAACCAUAAAUAAAACAAUUAUUACAGUAAAUUUUUUAUUGAAUUUAUUUUACAAAAAAUACAAUUUAUUAAUUAUAGUACAUGAUUUAUUUAAACAGUACAGUUAAGGUAACAUUAGAAGGAAGUGUUGUAGUUACAGAGAACCAAACUGGUAAAACUAGUAGAUCCUAUACUUACAACCAUGAUGACAACAUGAUGAUCUUAACAACUUGAAUAACAUUUUCUCAUAAGAGGCUUAUUUCACCGCUAAUCAAAACUAUAAAGUACACUUACCACACUUCGGCGAUAAAAAUAUUACAUACAAAGCCGUGCAUAACAUUCUUCAUUGCACUAUAUUUAAAAUGGCCGCCAAAUAGAACAGCUGUUUUGAACAUCCACAUUUGAGAUUAUUGUUACUGAUAGCUAAGUAAUAGUUGGAGCUUAGCAUUGAUUGAUAGAUAUGAAAUCAUGAAUAAAAUUUUAAAGAUC